AUGGCCAGUCGCCAGCAAACACCCGUCCUCAGGGUCGGUAUUAUCGGGUGCGGGGAGAUCACCCAGGUCGCCCACAUCCCGAACAUCAACUUCCUCUCCGAAUACUUCCAGACAACAUACCUCUGCGACAUCUCCCAGCAAUCUCUCCAGCACUGCGCCAGAAAGGUCCAGGGCGGGACGCCCAAGACAACAAGAGAUGCCGCCGAGCUCUGCUCAUCACCCGAUGUGGACGUCGUUGUCAUCGCCAAUGCCGACGCAUACCACGUCGAGCACGGCCUCCUUGCCCUCAAGAACGAUAAGUACGUCCUGAUUGAGAAGCCGGUCUCAGUUUGCUUCCGAGACCUCGACCUUCUCAUCGAGGCGGAAAAGAAGUCCAAGGGCAAGGUCAUGGUCGGCACGAUGCGCCGGUUCGCGACCGCGUUCACAGAUGCCGUGAAGGAAGUUGGCGGGAUGGAGAAGAUUCAGUAUGCGAGGGUCAGAGACAUCAUCGGCCCCAACUCGACAUUUGUCGAUCAGUCCGGUACAUUCCCUCAAAAGUUCAGCGACUUUAGCGAUGAGGACAACGCGGACCGUCUGAAGCGCGAGACGGACAUUACCGAGCAGGCAUUGGCGAAUGAGUUCGGCGUCCCGGCUACUCCUGCUUCAAAGCUCAUGCUGAGACUGCUUGGAGGACUCGGAACUCAUGACCUCUCUGCUAUGAGAGAAAUCAUUGGCAUGCCCCAGAGUGUUUCUGGCGCUUGCCUCACCUUCCCAGGAAUCUGGAGCGUUCUCUUCAAAUACGACGACUUCCCCGUGACCUACGAGUCCGGCUUCAACAAUGUUCCCCAGUUCGAUGCUCACAUCGAGGUGUACUCCCCCAACAAGAUUGUGCGCGUCAACUAUGAUACCCCUUACGUGAAGGGCCUCCCGGUCACGAUGACGAUUCGCGAGGUGGUCGGUGACGGCGGAUUCCAGGAGCGAACGAUCCGGAAGACGUAUCAAGACCCGUACACGACGGAGUUCCUGGACCUGUACGACUGUGUUGUCAACGGCAAGCAGCCCAAGACUAGCGCAGCAGAUGCGAGGAACGAUAUCGAGCUAUUCAAGAUGAUACUCCAAGCUGACUCUGGGAGAUAUCAGAGCGAGAAGUAG